AUGAGUUUCCUUAUGUUGCCGUUGUACCAUCUAAAUGAUAACGAAGGUCAGUCGUCCAGCGUUUCUGACAUUUCAGAUCAAAAUAAUAUUUCUGAAGAUUAUUCAAAGAAACCUUAUCAACUUCUGCCGAAAAAUCAAUUUCCAGAAAAAUGUGCAGUUUGCCAACAUGCAGCAAUUGGAUACCAUUACAAUGUACCAUCGUGUAAUGGAUGUAAAACCUUCUUUCGUCGAACAAUUGUUAACGGGAGACGAUUUAUCUGCAUGAACAAAAGGAACUGUCUGGAUGAGAGUGGAUCUCUUGAUGAAAGUAAGAGAAUGUGUAAAGCAUGUAGAUUUGCAAGAUGUGUUGAAGUUGGGAUGGAUCCAACUGCAAUUCGAGCAGCAGUGAAAACAACUGAAGGGAAGUAUCUUCUAGAUGAAGUCACGAGGAGACAGAGAACUCUUGGAGAAGAGGUCAAAUCAAGAGACGAUUUCUUAUCAAAUAUUAUCAAACAAAUUUCAUAUUUGGAGAAAAAAGCGGAAGAAUUACACUUCAAAGCAGUUCCUUUUGGUUAUGAAGAUUUGAGGACAUUAUCUGAAAUUCUUCUGUUUGAACCUGAAUUCGAUUCCUACAAAAUUCCGAACUUAACUCCUAUUCUGAACAGAAACCCGAAAGUGGUUUGCAUGACUUAUAUGCACAGUGCUCUCCUAGCAGCUGUCGAAUCUUCAAAAACCUUCGAAUUCUAUUCAAAAAUCAGUCACGACACAAAAAUUAUUUUCGUGAAACAUGUAGCUUUAAUCGGGUCAAUUAUGAUGAGUGCAUCGUUUUCAAUGCAUCUUAAACAGUCGGAUGAGCUGCUUCUACCAGAUGGAACUGUAUACGGAAAUGCUUUUGGAUGUAUGGGGAACGAACUGCUGCAAGAAUACAGACGACAAAUACAGAACACGUUAAGAGCCUUCUUGAGAAAUAAUGUGGAUCGCGUGGAAUACAUGCUAUUGAAAGCUAUUCUAAUGAGAAAUCCAGCUGUAAGUGGAAUCUCGUCUGAAGCUCGAGAAAUUAUCGAACACGAACGUAAUCAGUAUGCAAAAGCACUUCUGGAGUACAAUAUUCUCCAGUAUGGAGUUUCGUCUGGUCCUGCUAGAUUCGGUGCUCUUAUCGCAAUCAAUCCAAUCAUCGAAAUGCAGUCAAAAAUGCAAAAAGAUGUAUAUCUCAUGAUAAAAGCUUCGAGUAACAGAACUAACUGUUCCCAUCCACCAAAGUAUUUGUUCGAUGAGGUUAUGGAUUCUUGA